AUGAGUUCAAGACAUCGUGAGCGCGAUAGAAGUCGUUCUAGAUCUCGUGACCGCGAAAGGGAUAGGCAUAAGGAACGAGACCGCGAAAAGACCAGAGACCGAGACCGCGACAAGGAUCGUGAGCGAGACCGGGACAGGGACCGCGAUCGCGACCGUGAUCGCGAUAGGGACAGGGACCGCGACCGGGACCGUCAUCGCUCCAAGAGGGACAAGGAGCGCGAGCGCAGCCGGAGCCGCGACCGCCACAAGGACAAGCGCCGGAGCCGCACUCGCUCGCGUACCCGGAGCCGCAGUCGCAGCCGGAAGUCUAAAGAUAGAGAUGGGACAAUAGCCCUGCUGGACCAGAUGGUGGGCACCACGACGAAGGCGACGGCGCGGCAGGUGACCAGUAACGGCGCCAUCAACCCCGCCACGCAGGCUGCCAUCCUCGCCGCCGCAGCCGUCGCACAGACGUUUGUGGCGCAGCGUCGCAUGGCGGCGCCCGUGCAGCCCGCCGCCGCCGCCGCCGCCGCGCUGUCGGCCGCCACGGCCAUCCCGCCGCCCACCUCCGUGCAGCAGAAGCUGGAGCUGCUGCAGGCGCGCGCCGACAGCCGCUACCGGCCCGAGCGGCCCGAGCGCCACGACUACCACCCCGACGACGACCAGGACGACGGGCUCGGCCCCGCCGGCGAGACGGCGGCCGAGCGGCGCGCGCGGCGCCGGCGCACGCGCUGGAUGGGCUCGGAGCACGACAAGACGUUCAUCCCCGGCCUGCCCACCGUGCUGCCGUCCACGCUGACGCGCGAGCAGGAGGAGCAGUACUUGCUGCAGCUGCAGAUCGAGGAGGUGUCGCGCAAGCUGCGCUCCGGGGACCUCGGCAUCCCCGCCAACGUCGACGAGAGGUCCCCGUCGCCGGAGCCCAUCUACUCCACGGACGGGAAGCGCCUCAACACGCGCGAGUACAGGACGCGCCGCAAGCUGGAGGAGGAACGACACCGACUCGUCACUCGCAUGCAUCAGAUCAAUCCUGACUUCAAGCCGCCGCCCGACUACAAGCCGCCCAUCAUCCGCGUGCACGACAAGGUGAUGAUCCCGCAGGAGGAGCACCCCGACAUCAACUUCGUGGGACUCCUCAUCGGACCGCGCGGCAACACGCUCAAAGCCAUGGAGAAGGAGACCGGAGCCAAGAUAAUAAUCCGCGGCAAGGGCUCCGUGAAGGAGGGCAAAGUGGGCCGCAAGGACGGACAGCCCCUGCCGGGCGAGGACGAGCCGCUGCACGCCUACAUCACCGCCACCAACGCUGACUGCGUCAAGAAGGCCGUCGAGAAGAUCAAGGAGGUCAUCCGUCAGGGCGUGGAGGUGCCGGAGGGCCAGAACGACCUCCGCCGCAUGCAGCUGCGGGAGCUCGCGCAGCUCAACGGCACGCUGCGGGAGAACGACGCCGUGCGCUGCGCCAACUGCUCCGCCACCGACCACAAGACGUGGCUCUGCCCGGACAAGCCCAACGUCACCAACAGCAUCGUGUGCUCCUCGUGCGGCGGAGCCGGACAUAUUGCACGGGACUGUCGAGCCAAGCGACCCGGCCAGGGCACGCUGCACUCCGCCUCCAACAAGGCCAAGAUAGACGAGGAGUACAUGUCGCUGAUGGCGGAGCUGGGCGAGGCGGCGCCGGGCGGGGCGGGCGGUGUGGGCGGUGCGGGACGGCGCGCGGGCGCGGCGGGCGGUCUGUUCGCCCCGCUGGCCCCGCCGCGCCCCAUCAUGGCGCCGCCGCUCGCACGAGAGUUGGCGGGCGCGUUCCCGCCCCCGCCGCCCCCGCCGCCGGGCGCGCCCGCGCCCCCGGCCGGCGCCCCCGCGCCCCCGCCGCCUUCCGCGCAGGCGCCCUGGCUCGGAGCGGGCGCGGGGGCGCAGCCUCCAGUGCCGGGCGCUCCGCCCCCGCCGGGCGCCGCGCCUCUGCCCGCCUACCCGCCGCCACCGCCGCCGCCGCACCAGGGUGACGGUAAGAUGGGCCCGCCGCCAGCAGUGCCCGGGCCGCACAUGCCGCCUCCGCCGCCGGGCAUGCUGGGGCUGUGGCGCGGCGCGUACAACCCGCCGCCGUGGGGCGCGCCGCCGCCGCCCGCCUUCCUGGCGCCGCCGCCGCCGCCGCCGCCCGCCUCGCAGGACUAG